AUGUUUCACCAAGGACCGUGGUUGAAGCCAUAUAUAGAUCUAAACACAGAUAUGAGAACCAAAGCGACCAACGAUUUUGAAAAGGAUUUCUUUAAACUCAUGAACAAUUCGGUGUUUGGAAAAACUAUGGAGAACAUCCGGAACCGCGUAGACAUCCGACUCGCCACACAAGACAGACAGAUAGAGAAGUGGGUUGCCCGGCCCAAUUUCAAGAGCAGCACUGUUUUCACAGAAAACCUGGCCGCUAUUCAUAUGAGCAAAACCACCUGUUAUUUCAACAAGCCCAUUUAUGUCGGAAUGAGUGUUUUGGACAUAUCGAAGACGUUUCUUUAUGACUUCCAUUAUAAUGUUCUGAAGAAGAAAUAUGGCAACAGGGUUAGAGUCGAGUAUACUGACACAGAUUCUCUUAACGUGGCCAUAGUCACCAAUGAUGUUUACGAGGAUGUGAAAAGCAUGAUUGAGCAUUUCGAUACCAGCGACUAUAAAGAAAAUAACCUCUACGGCAUGCCCCGCGUAAACAAGAAGGUCUUGGGUAAGUGGAAAAACGAACUCACCGGUGUGGUGAUGAGGGAGUUUGUGGGUCUGAGGUCGAAGAUGUACGCAUACAAGGACGAAAAGAAAAAAAGCGGAAAGAAGGCCAAAGGUGUGAAGAAAUCCGUAGUAAAACACGAGCUGACGUUCGACGAUUAUAAGACCUGCCUGUUUGACAGUGUGGACAUUUAUAAAACAAUGAACUCCAUAAGAAGCAAGGGCCACGAACUCUACUCGAUAGAGCUGCACAAAAAGUCCCUAUCUGCUCAUGAUGAUAAACACUACAUUCUAGAUAACGGCAUUGACACUCUUCCGUGGGGCCAUUACAACGUGCCGAUUGAACUAGUCGCAGAGCUGGAGAUUCAAGCGGCUGAAGAUAUAGAUUAA